UUCUUUGAAACAUUAGUCCAUUCUAGUAGCGUAACGUUACUAUCAAAUCUAUUUUCAAAUCUUGUUGAUAUAUGCGGCCAGUCACCGUUCAGAUGAAUUGAUAAACACACCCAGCAGUGACAAUCAGACCUGGAUCUUGAUCAUCAUAUCCUCCAGACACAAAUCAGAUAACAGAUUAGAGAGGGUUUCUGAUCGUAAAGGUGUCGUUGUCAGGUGUUUUACGCGCAUUUAUUCGUUGGAGUCAGCCAUGGCUAUGCUCAGCGAAAACAAACCCUUCGGCGGUGUAAUCUGUGUAAUGUGAUUUCUCCAUUCACUGUUCGUGAUUUAAAAUACUUGUAUAUUGAAUUCUUUAAUGUCUUUUUGUUCUCCUGGUCAGAGAUAUACUCAUAUUAAUGCUUACCAACUAGAUCCGGUUGUGCAACCGAUCCCGUUAACGUUACACGGUCUUAAUACUAGACUGUUUAGCGGGUUGACGAUUAUGAUUAUGAUGAUGAUGUCCUAAAGCGAUGGGGAUUCACAUUUUAUUCACGUAGCCUUACAUGAAAUAGUGUAACUUCGCGGAAUGCUACUGGGAGGAAAAAACGAUGUGAUAUUUCGACGCUACACUCUCAGUUUGUGGUGAAAUAACUCGUGGAGUCCAUCAUGGACACAGAACAGGUCAUUGAUAGCCCUGAGGUUCACAUGCUGAACGGGGGAGGAGGAGUGAGACGUGAGCUAGAUUGAGUUUCCUUGGUGACCGGAGGGACCCACUUGGGGCGAUGACUCUGGAGAAUGCAACAUGCACACUUGAGAGCGCUCAGGGCCUGAGGACCUGUGAAUGAGGACACCACUGAAACCAACUCCAGUUUCAGGACUAACGGAUGGUGUAUGGAAGCACACGGAUCUCCCAGAAUGACGAGUGCUGCUCCUGCCCGGAAACCGUACCGAAAGGCACCUCCGCAGCACCGCGAGACGCGCCAUACUGUGCCAGUAUUUCGAGAGGAUGUUAGCGGGAGUGCCUUGCCAUCCGCCAGCCUUGCGCUGUCAGCCCAGCCUGACUCCUGCCAGGACUCCUUAUCAGAUGCCGACAGGAUCAAGAUCCUGCAGCAGCAAAAUGAAGACCUCCGCCGCCGGCUCUCCCAGACCACUCAUAAGAUGGAGGCGAUGGAGACGGAGUUCGAAACCAGUCGACAUUACAUGCAAGCAGAGCUGGGUCGAACCAGAGACGACCUGGAGAAAAUGAGAGACAAAUUCAGAAGACUGCAGAACAGCUACACAGCGUCUCAGAGAGCUAAUCAAGACCUGGAGGAGAAACUUCACGCCCUGCUACGUAAAGUGGAAAGAGACAAGAAAACCAUGGAUCAAGAGAUAGUGGAGCUCACGAAUAAACUCGUGGAUGCCAAAAACACUAUCGACAAGCUGGAGGAACUGAAUGAACGGUAUCGGCAGGAUUGCAAUUUGGCUGUGCAGCUGUUGAAGUGCAACAAAUCGCAUUUCAGGAAUCAUAAGUUUGCUGAUUUGCCAUAUGAGCUACAGGACAUGGUGAACAAGCACAUGAAGAGUAGCUUGCCUAACAAGACUCAGGGCUGUCAGGGAGCUCAAGCCCAGGACCCUGACACUCUAAGCCUGACUCCUGCAGACGUAGUGCCCACUUCAGUGAUCGCUCGUGUUCUUGAGAAGCCAGAGCCCCUGGUGCUCAACUCAGCCCAGUCUAGCAGCAGUGCUGGUCGGCCCGUGGCUGAAGAUGUGUUUGUACACGUGGACAUGACAGGACCCCAAGACGAGAGUGGAGGGCGUGAAAAUGGGGGUCCUGUACAUGCCAGGCCUCCUGUGGGAGCUGGUUCUGAUCAGCAGCAUGUAAACGGCAUGUGUCGGAGCCAGGGCAGCCUGGAUGGUCAAACAGGAGAAGAUGGGGCAGCCCCUUCUUUUGAGAAGUUGAAUCCUUACCCAGCACCUCCACCACCAAACCCGCUGUACCCUGGUCGCAAAGUAAUCGAGUUCUCCUCCGAUGACAAAGUCAAGAUUCCCAAGAACAGUCCACUGCCCAAUUGCACCUAUGCUACUCGUCAGGCCAUUUCUCUUAGUCUUGUUCAGAACGAAGAGGAGACAGCCGAGCGCCAGCGGACCGUGCCCAAUAGCCCUGCUGUGUCUGAUGGGGGUUGGCGGUCUGGGACCUCCUCAUCUUCUGGUGGAGGGCAUGCUUCUCACCAGCGCACACCUCCACAGAUGGAUGCCAUGGACACCCUCUCAAGUCAUUCAAGUCCCUUUAGCAGCCCCCCUCAGCCUCCGAGCGCCUUUGCAAGCUCUGGUAGCUCAGAGGAGGACCUCAUGGCCAACUGGCAGCGCAUGUUUGUAGAAAGAAUGGCACCAUCCACCGAAGGCUCUCUUGUCAACCGCACUUCCUUCAGCAGUGAGACGGUAAAAGAUCUCCAAAGUCGUCACAAUGGAAAAUCAAGAGUAGGGGCUCUGAGAGGUGCUUACUCUGAUGGCGAGGAGGGAUCCUCGGCCCAGAGCUGGACGGCAAGUAGAGAGUCCAGUUUGGAUACAGACACCAGCAGCAUGGCAGACCUCCGGGCAAAAAAGACUCAAUACGGUGGCGACUUUUCCCAGGAAGAGGGUGAACACCUACUGAUGGCCCUUGAUCCAGUUGACAAUGAUGGUGCUAGUGGUGACACCAUGGUCACAAUUGAGAGCAGUCCAGCCUCUGCUAAGUGUGAAGAGUUUGCUGAAGAUGCUGGCUCUGCAGGAAGUUCAUCUGAGGAGCGAGAUAUCCUACCCCAGGACUUUCCUGUCAUCGGUUCAAGAGCCCUAGCUGGCCUUGAGGAUUUUGCAGAUAAGCCCCCUCAGACUGGCUCCUCACGACCCCUGAAGAGCCCCAAGAGAAUGGGGGUUCAUCACUUGCUCCGCAAAGACAGCCUUACACGAGCUCAAGAGCAUGGAAACUUGCUGGACUGAGGCUUCCAGGCUUAUUCUUCUCUUCUUUUUUUGACCUUGAGUGCUCUUCGUCUUACUAGCAAUCUCUAGGCAUUGCAGCAUACGACAAGUGGAAGGGAUUGGAUCAACACUGCUGUACUUAUCCCUGAUCAUGCUGCUGUUGCAGAGGCAUCGUUGUAACUCUUCUGUCCUCUCUCUGAGGCUUGGAGCUCUUUUAUCUGUGGAACCAGUGGUAUUGAUGGCAUCCGCGGUGAAGUACUUCAGCCAGUCUGGCUUUGCGUGGCCGGUGCUUCAGGGAUCGUACAAGAAUGUCAUAGAAGACAUUCCAGGUCCGAGACUUGAUUCUGUUUGAUGAGACAUGAUUAAGUGGGCAACAGAAGGACAUAGCUAUACAGUUACUCUUUUGUAAGAGAAAGAGUUCAAGAUUGAGCAGGAUUGGGAAUGAUCCCUGUGGCACUGUACGGACAUGGAUCAUCUCACAUAAUGGGUGUUUUGACAUUUGCUUUUGUCCUCGAGUGAGAGUUUUCUACCCAGAUAAUGAUAUCUACCUAGUAUCCCAGUGCAAGUCCUUUGUUACGGGAGAUUGGGAUGGCACCAAAUGGCCACAGCUUCACAGAUACCACUGUGUCAGGCGUUCUGCUGGCUGAAGCAGAUUAAAUGUAAUCUAUGGGGACUCUCUUGUCAAUUUUCAGUGCCUAACCCUUGCUCUGACAGAGGGGGCUCUCCAUCACCCUUUAAAAUAACGUCUUGUUCCUUUAGCCUGCUUUUAGUCAUCAUAAACUGAGAUGAUCCUUCACCUCCGAUUUUCGGUUACCUCUCUUCAUUGAUCUACCACUGUAUUUCAACACCCAAUCUAAAGACAGCUUUUGUACUUUGAUCAUUUGAAUUUGAUGUAUUCAGUAUGUGUUUUAAUGAUCAAGUAUACUUCCUGAUUUUCAUUCUCAUCUAUUUCGUUUGACUAAUGUUAUUUAAAACCAAUUAUGAUUUUAAGUAAAUAUGUAGAGUUUGUGUAUUUAUUUGUCUUAUGCUGGUCUGAAGUGUCCCAUUACUUCCCUCAAAGCAGUUAAGCACUUGCAGAAGUGUGUAUAAAUGCAUAGGUCACUAAAUCCUGUCAUGAAAUGAGAAGGUAUGCAAUCCCUUUAACACAUUUUAAAUAUUUAGUCUGUUUCUUUUCUUUUUUUUUCAAAGGUCAGUAUUUAAGAGUAAAAAAACAAACUCUACAAGUAAGGCUAAAACGUUACAAUGUGUCAUUGGUAUUUCAUGUCCUCCAAUUCAGAGAUAUAUUAAUCUGACCCUUUGCUGCUGAUGGCACAAAUUGCCUUUCAGAGGGCAUAUUAAUAUUUUAAAACUAUGCAUUUAGUACUGUGUAAAAACACCAAAACCUAGCAAAGCUUUCUCUCUGUUAUGAUGACAUUGCGGACUUCUAAAUGAAAAAACGAUGAUGUAAAAAGCUGAAAUUUAAACCAGAAACAUGACCAGAAUGCAUUAUUUAGAUGAUUUUUGUUUGUUUGUUCUUUUUAAUCCCUGAUUUCAAGAAAAGCCAUGCUUUGAUCUUAAUGAAUGUAAUCAUCUUUAUGUAGCAUCCGUUUUCAUUGGUUCCUCAUUAUUCUUUAGCCGAAGCGAAUGCUUAAUGUAUUUUAAGGGGACUGUGCAUCCCAUCAUUGGGUGUAUUUUUCUGUGUGUAUUUUGUGUGUAAAUCUGAUUUCUCAUGAUUAUGGAUGAUCGAUCUGUCUUCUACAAGUUUUUAUUUUUUAUUUUCUUUGAGUGUCCGAAUCGUUUCAUUUCAAUCCUUGUUCAAAUAGCAUUUUAACAUUCAUAAUUUUUUCUCAAACAAUACGUUUCAGAUGCAAUGACUACAAGCAUCCUCAUUCUUUUGUUUUGAUAAAUAUAGAGACAAUUAAACUCUGUGUUGCCUUUUUAAGUGCUUGCUUUGUGCUUUUUAUUUGCAGUAAGUUGACCAGUCGUUCUCCAGAUGUCCCAUACAGGGUCAAUGAUUUCAUGCAGUAUUGUACUUAAAAAAAAAAAAAAAAAAAUGUGUGUAGAAACUAGACAUAGCAUACCCUCCACACUUACUGAUUUGAGACAUACCCUACAGGUGACACGCAGAAGUAUUCCUCAUGCAUAAAAGUAUGCUGUAUACGUACGAUUUUUAGGAUUUGUCUUUUAUUUAUGAACGUAUCAGUAAAUCAGAAGGUACAGCAGCAUGUAUUACACUUUAAACAGUAUUCCUGGAAGGACAUCAGUCUUUGUAAAACGUUUGCUGUAUAUAUUCACCACAUAGCUAGUCUGCCACAGCACUCCUUGCCCUGAAUAAUUCAGCUAUAUGUUCCUCAGUGAAGGGCUCCCGAGUCCACACUUACUCUUUGUCUUACACUUUGGUCUUCGUAUGUAGUUAUCAGACUUGCAAUAUAUGGGAGUACCAUUAAUAGCCCAUGAUUAAUUGAAGCGUAACUACCCACCAUGCUGAAUGAUUAAUAUUUUAUUAUGUUCUAAAAUAGUUCUGUGAUGCUUUAAAGAGACAGAGUAAAGCCUGUCAGAGUCUUGCAUGACGAAUGAAUCUCUUAAAUAUUUCAGUCUCGUCAGAUGUUACACCAGGACAUGCAAAUAAAUACAAAGAAGACACGACAAUGGUCAGAAUGUGAAAUACACCGAGUGCAUAUAGGACUUUCUCCACUUUAAUAACUCAAAUGUAAUUGCACGCAUAAGAGACGUGCACAUAUUCUUUAAUCCAAGGUGACCCUCCGGUGUGCUGUGUGCAAGUCAUUCAAAAGCUUUGCUGAGAAAUCUAAGAAAUGAAAAAAAAUGUCAAGGUUAUCCUCCAAGCAACACUCCAAUCCACCUUCUGGCCAAAGCUGACGUCUCUGUGAUGGAAAAACAUAUUCAAUUCAUGUUAUCUUCUCUUUAACCUUCAAGACGGUGCUUAGUCUGCGCUCCUUUUUCCUUUGAUCUAUGAAU